AUGCGGCUGGUCCGUAGUCAAUGGGUUCACGAAUAUGAUCCAACAAUCGAGGAUUCCUACUCCGUCACUCGCACCGUCGACGGUCGCCCCUACGUCCUUUCCAUCACCGAUACUGCAGGCCAGGAGGAGUACCGGGGGCUAUGGUCUGCCUCGACCCUGAGUUCAGAUGCCUUCCUCCUAGUUUACGAUAUCACCAACCCGUCGAGUCUUGAAACGCUGGAUCAUUUCAUGGAGAUGAUUGAUAUGGAGGCGGAACAGCGCGUCGAGGACAACCAGCAACUGCGCCAGAGGUUGGGGAAUCGAUAUGGGGGUCUCGGCCACGUAGGCAUGCCACCGCCGGUCAAAGUCAUCGCGGGCAACAAAUGCGAUCUCAAGGACGGUCGCGCGGUGACAUCCCGCGACGGACUGGCCUAUGCGCGCAAGCAUGGCUGCGGGUUUAUGGAGACCAGCGCUCGCGAGACAGUCAACAUCGAGGAGACUUUUGCCCGUAUGACACACGGUCUGUCAACCAAGAAGGAGAGAGAGAGAGCUAACGGUCGGAUAGAUUUAAUCCGUCGCGUUGUCGAAGCCCGCCGACUCCAAUGUCAACAGGGUGUUCUUCCUCCCAGCGAACCAUCGCACACGGCGCUCCCGACCAGCACGGUGGACGCAGUUGCAGAGACCAAAUCCCGUCGAAGUCGGGCGUGGGAGUUUAUCAAACACCGGAAGACAACGGAACCAAACGGCGAACAGGGUCAGGAACAGAGUGAAAUGCAAAACGGAACCGAAAAAGAGAAGGGGCCGGGUCAAGGGUGCGAACCGGAUGAACGGUGCGCUCGUCAGGUGUGGUGUUUUCGCUGUUGA